CUGUGCCUAGAACAGUACCCUCGUUCCUAACGGCGUCCUGUGUUGUUUUUAAUUGAUUUCUGCUAGUGUAACCGAUAAAUGUUAUUGUCCGAAAAGCAAUGACAUUACCUGCAGAAACUCUACAAUCCGGUGUUUAGUUGAGUGAAAUAACUUUUGUAUGGUGCAGUAUUCGUUGGAGGAGAGGAAAGGUAACCUAGCCAGCUAACAUUUGAAUUGUCCAGUUGCUCCGUCGUCUCAAAGACACGCCGGUCAGAAAACCUGCUGUUAUUGGCAUUCUUUCAAGUUUAUAAAGACACAACAACUACUGCGAGGAAGACACGUCUACAUCGUCAAGCGCAAGGCUGAUGCCUUGUGAAUCACCACUCAGGUGCGAGCAUGGUUGACUACCAAGUCCUCAAUUCCUACUGGCCUCUCAUCCGCUUUCUGGUUCCUUUGGCCAUCACCAACAUAGCCAUCGACCUUGGGGAACAGGCUCUGAACCGGGGCAUCGCUACAGUGAAGGAGGACCGCGCGGAGAUGUUGGCCAGCUAUGGUCUGGCCUACUCCCUGAUGAAGUUCUUCACGGGCCCCAUGAGCGACUUCAAGAGCGUGGGGCUGGUCCUCAUCAACAGCAGGCGGGACCGGCUCAAGGCCGUGCUCUGCAUGGCGGUGGCCGGAAUCAUCGCGUUCACCUUGCACAUCCUCAUUGCCCACACAGACCUUGGGUACUACAUCAUAAAUAAACUGCAUCACGUGGAUGAGUCCGUGGGUACCAAGACCAGGCGGGCCUUCUUCUAUUUGUCCCUCUUCCCCGUCCUGGAUGCCAUGGCGUGGAUCCAUUCAGGAAUCCUGCUGAAGCAUAAACAUAGCCUUCUGGUUGGCUCGGCCUCCAUAUCAGAUGUGGUGGCGCAGAUUGUGUUUGUGGCCAUCCUGCUCCAGAGUAACCUGGAGUGUGUGGAGCCCCUCCUUAUCCCCAUCCUGUCCCUCUACAUGGGCGCGCUGGUACGAUUCACUAUCGUGGGGAUGGGCUACUACUGCAAUGUCCACGAAAACAUUCCCGACAGCACCAGCAUGGACAUGGGGGGUGACGCUACGAUCAGGAAGAUGCUGAGCUUCUGGUGGCCACUGGCCCUCAUCUUGGCCACCCAGAGGAUCAGCAGGCCUGUGGUCAACUUGUUUGUGUCACGUGACCUGAAGGGAGGUGAAGAGGCCACACUGGCUGUCGCUGUCCUGACUGCCACCUACCCUGUGGGCCACAUGCCGUACGGCUGGCUAACUGAACUGCGCGCCGUCUACCCUGCUUUUGACAAGAAUAAUCCCACCAACCGACGGACGGGUGGCGCCUCCGUCACCAAAUCCCACAUAAAGAGAUUUACGCUCUGCUGCUUCCUGAUCUCACUCACGAUGUGUUUCAUUUUGUUCUGGAGUCCUGGGCUGUCUCAGGGCAUCCUGGUCAACAUCAUCGGAGUGGAUGAGUCCUUCGCUCAGCGCUGCAUCGCUCCUCUGCGCAUCUUCUCUUUCUUCCCUAUUCCAGUGUGUGUCCGUGCCCACUUCACCGGCUGGCUGAUGACGCUGAAGAAGACGUUUGUGCUGGCCCCCAGCUCUGUACUGCGCAUCGGGGUCCUCAUCGUCAGUCUGGUGGUGCUCCCCUACUUAGGGGUCCAUGGAGGAACUUUGGGCGUGGGAUCUCUCCUGGCAGGCUUCAUGGGAGAAGCUUGCAUGGUAUUCAUCGGAGCUGCUUGUGUCUACGCAAGUCAGAAGAAGGAUGACAAAAACAAGGAGUUGGUAUCUGACGGCGAGAACUCGUCCCCGAUGAGGGAGGUCAACCCCCCCACAACCCAGUUAGGCAGCAUUCAGGAGCUGGCCGAAGGCGAGGACCAUGGGGAUGGAACGCCCUGAGAAGACUCAAGAAGAUCAAAACAAGAACAUAACGUGGAGCAGAAGAACUCUAUUUUUUUAAUUUAGUUUUAGAAGAGAAGGAAGACCUUCAGAAGACUAGGAUAGAUGGCAUAAAGUAUGGAACGUAUGGACGAAAUGUGUAUUUUAGAAGUCCUUUUGCUCGAAUGUGAUGGAGCCACACAGCUUGCACUUUUAAGUGGGGGGGUGGGGUGGUUUACUCAGAUGGGACUCAUAUUCUGUGAUAAGGGGACUAAAGAAGUUGCUGGUAGGGUGGGGUAGGUAUGGGGAUAUUGGUUGGGGGGGUAUUGACACUAACUUUCUUGUGGUUAACAAGCACAAUUAACUAGUCAGAAUCAUGUGCACAAACUCCCUCUUUAGGGUGAGCUACUGGUAAGACCCUCACCUCACUUCCCCACAGCCACUGAGGAUUAAGCAAGCAGACGUUCUGGAAACUGACUGCCUUCACCUUUUCUACUUGUUAGCAAACCAGCGGCAUAAACCCUGUUCCACCCCCCGCGGCUACGCAGAUUUUUGGGGCGCAAGGGUUGAGAAGGAGGAGGAGGAGGAGGAGGAGGAGGCAGUCACACCACCCCCUGUGACUCCUGUGCCGUUUCCCUUCUUUGAUGGGCACAAGGUACGAUGGGUGGGGCUGGAGGCCUAUACUGCCUUACAAGGCAAAGUGCACUAACAACAUACUUUGUCAAAAUUGAGUUUAGACCACAAAUAGUCUUCAUGACCUCUUCUUUAUCUUGUGACAAAGGUUCAUGGUCCAAAUGUGUCCGGUUUUAUAGAUAUUGCCAUGUCAAAUUUGCAGUAACUACAAUAUCCAACCUAAUACCAAUAUAAUUCAUACUUUGAAGGCAUUUUUCUCGGCUUCGAUGUUUGCAUAGUUACUGCACUUUGCUUUUGUAGGGCAGUAUAGAGACCUACCUUGAAUGGAGGCUGCCUCUGCCCCCACCGCUGAGCCUAGCAGCUGCCUCCUCCUCCUCCUCCUCCUCCUCCUCUUGCGGUGUCCCUCUUCUUCUACAAGUGAUAAUGGGCGGUGCUGCUGGACCCGAAGUUGAAGCCAUUUCAGCGCGUUGUGUUGCCGUGCCGUCAGAUUUACAUUUUUAACAGACUUUUUGUUGUUGUUUUGUCCUCUGGCUGAAUGCCAGUUUUUGUAAAUGCAUUGCUGACACUGAAUUGUACAAAUUUUUUAUCAGUUUUUUUCCCAUAGGUUCUACUGUAUACGUAGACGUCUAAAUGAAUUGCAUCUUUAAAGGAGAAUUUCUGCCAAUUUCAACAUGUAGUUGUGUUGCUUGAUGAGUAUAACAAACUACCGGUAUUCCCCCAUUAGACUGGCUGGGUUCUCAGAAAGGGUUAAACAAGAAGAGUGUACUGUCGUCAGGUAUGGACAAGUCAAGGGUACAACACAAUGAUACUUAUGUAGACCUCCUUGGUACAACACUAUCGGUACGUUCCAAUAUACGACCUUGCUUCCUCCCCUUGUGCUUGUGGCCUCGUACCAGGAAGUAAUACGUCGUGGUGACAUCACUGACAACAGCAUUCUAUUUCUAUAUCUUGCAAAAACUCCAUAUGUAAAGUCAUUUUCACAUUUUGCUGCUGUCAGGCAGAAACCUCCUAUCUCCACUAUUAUUUUUACUUUUUUUUUUAUAUUCGUUCUUUAUUCAUUAUAAAAGUACAGUACUACUGGUCAGUUUCCAUGGGUAUAUGUGUAUGAUAAAUAAUUUAGUAGCCAACUUUAAUGUUGCGAUGAUUUUUUAUUUAGAAAAUAGUGAUUCAUAAAUUAAUACAUAAAAAACAAUGAGAAGUGGAGAUAGGAGGUUUCUGCCUGACCGUGACGAUUUGCAAACUGGAUGGUGAAUGAAGAGUCCCCCAAAAAUUGUUUUGGCUAGGCUGACGGCGGGGAAACUUUAUUGUUUUCUCCACGAAGGAGGGGCCAGGAGGCGGGGUGAGGACACAAGCACAAGUGGAGGACGCAAGGUUGCAUAUUGAAGCGCACUCACUGUUGAAAUUGGCAGGAAUUCUCCUUAAAGUUUCAGGCUGCCUCAGGAGCGGGGUAUUCACAUGUCCAGCUGAUGGUCACAUGAUAUAGGCUUAUCUUAGCAGAAAUGACAGACUUAAACCAAAGCAUCACAGUAACUCAGACUGUUGUUGAGUUACUUGUAUGGAAUCUGUAAAUAUGAAACACUUUUAACACCUGUCAUUGACGUCACUAAGCUCUAAAUGCAUUUAUUUUAAUCGUGGCAUUGGCCGAUACAAGACGUAGACCUAUAUUUUAUAGUGCGUUGCUUUUAAAAGAUAUAUUUUAAAGGGAAAAUGAAAGAUGGUUUUUAUGAACUCUGGUAGUUUGUGUUGAUUAACUGUCCAACGUAUCAAGCAAAAGUACUAUAUUUGUAACCAGCCUUGUAAUCAUGCAUCAUGUACUAUAAUCGUAAUUGUGAUUCUUUAAUAAAUGUGUCUUCUACAUGGUCCAUCAUGACGUUCAACACCACAAUUCUGGAUUUCUGUUGUUACAAUAUGCCUUCUAUUACACUGUGUGCAAUUAAAACUAUGUUUCACAAAUA